GUGCUUCGUUUUCUCCUUGAAUUGCUAUGACAUCAGGUGAAAAUAGUGAACCAACUCAUCUGGAUGAGAAUUUAAAUCUUAAAGAUGAGAUUUACAUCAAAGGUGAUCCAGGUCAAUAUGUGAAACUGAAUGUCGGAGGAUCUCUGUUUCAAACAACAAUCGCUACUCUCACGCGAGUCGAUUGUAUGUUGAGAGCCAUGUUUUCGGGACAAUUAGGUGUCCAUAAGGAUUCAGAAGGUUGGAUACGAAUCGACAGAGAUGGCGAACAGUUUGGGAACAUUUUAAAAUUUCUUCGAGAUGGAAAAGUUUGUUUACCAGAAAGUGUUAAGGAAAUAAACGACUUACUAGCCGAAGCAAAUUUUUUGAUUCAAGAAUUGAUUGAUUCAUGUGAGGCAGAAUUGAAGAGACAUGAGGUUAAACCAAUCUGUCAAAUUGUAUUGAUAACAUCACCCGAAGAAGAGAUCAAGCUGAUUAAAAAUUCAGUCAAACCUGUUGUCUUACUUUCGAUGAAUCGAGGAAGACCACAGCACUCCUCUUACUCAGCCGUGUCACAUGAUAAUUUCCUCAAGCAUUGGGAAUUGUUUAACAAGUUUUGCUUAAAAUCGCAUUCACAAUUUCUGUUUGUGCUGAAUGAAAAACAUACCGAAUUAAAUUGUUGCUGGUCAUUUUAUUAUCAGGGUGAAAGCUUGUCAAGAGUAGCUUCUGAUGGUGCGGCUAAGAUCGAUGGAAAGAUUGUUACUAAUAUUGUAUUUCGAGAAGGUCUAAUCUACGACUCAAUUCUGGAUUUGAUGCUUAUUUCAAAUCAACAAUCAAGCAAUAAAAAAGUCGGGAGAGAGGAAAUCUAAUAACCAACCCAUUACCAAGUGCCUUCUCUGGAUGAAAAUCAACCACUUUUGGCCUGUUAUUCAGCACCAACCCGAACUUAUUUUCCAUCGCAACCCAAUAAGCCAAGUGUAAAAUCAUUGAAAAAUCUGAAGCUGGUCCACCUCAUUCCCGAAAUAUGUCAAUUUGAAUUUUUUUCAGGCUACUGUGUCGAAGUCGCUUACACAAUACCAGCCAUUUCAUCGGCUCUCAAUAGAUGUUUGAUUGCAAGUGAAAUCCGUAAGCGCUUUUGCUCAGAAAUUGGUUAUGGUUUGGUUGACAUACCUGCCCAUGUGAAGAUGACUUGGAAGUGUCAACGAUUCACUAAAUUUAUCCCACUCAAAGUCGAGGUGAAUAAUGUCUCCCAUUCAACCAAACCUGUUGAUCUUUCAUAUGUCACCUGUAAACGCUACUACAAACUACAAGAAAAGACCAACCUUACUGCAUCUACAUUAUCAUUGGAUAAGUUUGAAGGUCUGGAUGAUGAAACCUUCCCAACUGAAGACAGUGAUGAAGAUGAAUAUGAAGAAUUGUCAGACUUUGAAGAUGAUUCUGAAGAUUCGAUUGAAAAUCACAAUAAAUCUAAAGAAUUCAACCUUGAAGUACUUGAAAGACAAAACUCUGCCAAAAACGACCCAAAUGACGCGAUCGAAAUCUUCCAGACAAACAGAGCGACCAUAUUCAGUGCUAAACCUGCACCCGCUAUCGCCCCAGUCAAAUGGACUGAUAGAGGUAUUAAAAUAAACUGCGACAUUAAAAAGAUUGGUCAGCAACUUGGAGAUAAAUCACUAAGACUAGAAAGGCUAGAAAACGACGAGAUUGAAAAAAUGGUCGCCGAUUCUAUUAAACUUAACGAUUUCAACCUGGAGAACAGUCUCAUCAUUUCAACAAAUUCUAUUUAUCAAGACCAUUCAUCUACUUACAAAU